AUGAAGAAAUUAAUGGUGGUUUCUUCGGUGGUACUUGGUAUAGGUUAUUGCCUGAGUUUGUCACUCGACGAAUCUCAGAAAAGAAAAGUAAUCGCAGCUGAAAAACAGUUUUUAAAACGGAUUCGGCGCAACUUAAUCGACUGCUUCAAGGCACUAAUAAACCCCGUUCCAUGGUCAACGGCCGAUCAAGACUCUUCGGAUGCCGAGGAAGAAUUUAGACACGUUUCGCCUCACUUCCUGACCAAAAUUGAAUGUUUCUCCCUACUUUCCAAGUACGGGAUUGAAAAGUACGAAACAAGAGUAUUUGAAUCUGGGGAUUACAAAUGGAGACUCAUAAUAUAUCCUGAUGGAAACGAGAGCCAAGAUAAAGGUAACUAUGUUUCCGUAUACUUAGCCAUGGCUGACACUAGCACAUUGCAUGUAGAUUGGGAGAUUGAUGCGAUCUUCACCAUCUUUCUCUACAAUCAGAUCUCAGACAAAUAUCUAUGUUAUGAAGUAAACGGGCGUCGAUUCAAUGAAACAAAGUCCAAGUGGGGAUUUCCUAAAUUAAUCUCUAAGAAAAAACUGAGAGAUCAAUCAAAUGAGUAUCUCGUUCAUGACAACUUGGUUCUUGGGGCUGAAGUAUUUGUCUGCAAAAGACAACGAGUCAUUGAGAGUGUAACUCUACAUAAACCUACAGAAUCUCCACAAAAACAUGAAUGGAAGAUUCAAGGGUUCUCUAAAUUGGGAAAUGAUCCUUGGAAAAUGGUGCUGUAUCCAAAUGGAUAUUCCACGUCAAAAGGUCGUGCAAUGUCAAUGUUUUUGUCAUGUGUUAGUGCCGAAAGUUUUGAUGCUCAUCGAAAGGUAAAGGCUGAGUAUACCGUAAGCGUAAAAGGCAUGUCCGAUUCUGAUGCUCGCCACAACUCUAGCAAAAUGUCGGAAUGGUUUACAUCUUCGACUAAGAGUUCGGGACAAUUGGAAUUCGUGGCACUUGAUGACUUACGGGGCCUCCUUGUUGAUGAUUGCUUAACUCUAGAAGUGGAAAUUUUUGUGCAACUUGUUGUGCAAUAA